UCUGUUUCUUUACCGGACUGAAUUUACUGAAGGGAGCGUUUUUUUGUUGUUGCCUUGGUAGCGAUUACAGAAAAUCAAUCAGCUAGACAGCCACGUAGUUUGCUAACUAAAUAGAUUAAGAAUGGACGUUAAAGAGCGAAAUCUGCUGGGUGGUGGCGAGAACAUCGUUGAAAUGGUGGAUUUGGAUGAGGAGAAUUUUGCUGUUUCAAACUCAUCAGAUUCAGAUGCAGCCUUUGAUGCUGUCAUUGGGAGUAUUGAAGACAUCAUCAUGGAGGACGACUUCCAGCACAUGCAACAGAGCUUCAUGGAGAAACACUACCUGGAGUUUGAUGACUCUGAGGAGAACAAACUCACCUAUACACCCAUCUUCAACGAAUAUAUUGAGCUGCUUGAGAAACAACUUGAGCAGCAGCUGAUGGAGAGAAUUCCCGGUUUCAACAUGAGCACAUUUACUCAGUUACUCAAGCAGCACAAAGACGAAGUGUCAGGAGACAUCUUCGACAUGUUGCUUACUUUUACAGACUUCAUGACCUUCAAGGAAAUGUUCAUUGAUUACAGAGCACACCCAUACCUCCUCUGUCUGCAGGAGAGGGAGGGCCGAGGGCUUGACCUCAGUGAUGGCCUAGUGGUGAGGUCUCUCACCUCUACAUCCUCCAAAUCCAUCACCUCCAGAACAACAACAAAACUGAAGUAACUAAUGAAGAGUCAUCCCCAAACACAUGAACAUACACAUGACCAAUAGUGCACUGUGCUGCUGACAACAGAACAGAAUAGUUUGUCUAGCCCAUGCCCUCCAGUCACAGGGGACCACAGGGAACAUCCGUCUUUCCCCCAGCUUUUGUAUUUCAACUGUUGUAGGUUUGCAAUGGGAAUGGUAUCAGUCAGGUUGGUCUUUGUUUUACAAUAUUUUACAAAUAGCCUUUCUCUGGUUAAGAUAUACACCUUUGUCCUCAGGGUGGGGUACAGCGUUUUUUAUUAAAUUUGUGCUCAAUGACUUGA